AUAGAGUAGUAAUGGCUGUUUAGCAAGCAGAGAGUGUAGAAAUUUUGAGUUUUCUGUUGUUGAUUAAAUGAUUUUUAUCGUGCUUUUUGUUUUGAGGCUCGACAAUGGCUGGCUGGGCGGGGUUUUCGGAGGAAGAACUUCGUAGAAUGCAGCAGAAAGCUGCACCUAAUGUCCCAGUGCGGGGCCGAAAACCACCUCCGACCAAUAGGAGCCGGCAGCAGCUGCAGCAAGAGAGAGCCAUGCAGCAGGCAGCUCAGCUGAGUGGAGCCCCUUCAAUCCCUCCUGAGCAGCAGCUCUCCAGGCCCAAACCACAACCUUCUAUCCAGACGGCUCCAGCACCAGAACCAGCACUAACUCGGGAGAAGGAGGCCAUUCACACAGCCAAGAGCCAGCAGGAUGAGGCUAGAGUCCAGAGCUAUCCUGAACCACAAGGAACAGAAGCAGAAAAGUGUCCAGUCAUUGAAGAACCAAAGAAGCAGCAGGGGGAAUUGUUAAGAGAGAAGACACGUCUUCAACAUCUGCAGCAGGAACAGCGAUUAAUGGAAGAGAAGAAUAAACGGAAAAAGGCACUUCUGUCAAAAGCCAUUGCAGAAAGGUCUAAGCACACACAGGCAGAGGCUGUGAAACUGAAGCGAAUCCAGAAGGAGCUGCAGACACUGGAUGACAUGGUAUCCAAUGGCAUCGGGAUCCUGCGCAGCCGCAUCGAGCAAGCCAGCUGGGAGUACUCCCAAGCGAGGAAGCGUUUUGAAAAGGCAGAAGUGGAGUAUGUGUCGGCGAAGCUGGACCUACACAAGAAGGUGGAUGUGAAGGAGCAGCUUACAGAGCACCUGUACACCAUCAUCCAGCAGAAUGAGCUGCGCAAAGCCUACAAACUGGAGGAGCUCAUGAUGCUGCUGGAGAUGGAGACCGACGAAGAGAGGCUAGAGCUGGAGAUUGAGGUUGAGAGGCUGUUGCACCAGCAAGAAGCCCAGUCUGGGAAUGGGGAGGGGAACAACGCACAGACUGGAGACCAAGCAAAGGAGGACAGCAGCAGUGCCAGUGUACAGGUGGAGGAGAGGAAAGCAGAGGACACAAAGCUGUAUGACUCUGCAAAGGAGAAAAAUAUUGAAGACACUAAAUGACAGAAUGUUAAUAUACAUUGUGAAAUGCAAGCUGCUAAAGAAUGAAAGGCCUACCUGCACAAUAUGAGAAGGGUGGUGGGGGUAUUAUAUUUGUGCUUAAAGCCUUUAAUGCAUAAAAGAAACACAUUUACUGUAAUGUACAUGUAGGUACAUGUGUGUUAUGGUGCACAGUAAACUGCUAUGAUAAGGGUUGUCUGAUGCUACAGUAAUCAUACACUAUACAGGGGCAAUCGGAACCAUUUUCAUUUACAUUAUUUCCAACCAAUCUUUACACACACAUCCAAUGUUUUGCUUGUUAAUUGUUUUGAGCAGGAUGGUGGAAAGUUAUAUAUUGUAUUUUAUAUUUGAUACAAAGAUGAAUAAGUGUCUAAAUACUGAAUUUGAACGUCCAUACCUUUUCUUGUUC